AUGAAGCUGUCCAGAGCCCUUCCCGCCCUCCUGGGCUUCUCUUCCUUUGUUGUCGCAGCCCCAACUCCAGAGAAGGUCGAGAAGCAGAUUGAGGCUCGGUCCCCCGUCAGCGUACAGAUUGCUUCUGGAAACAUCGUCGGUAGCUCUAUCGCGGGCAUCGACACCUUCAAUGGAAUUCCUUUCGCUGACCCGCCAGUCGGCAACUUGAGGCUGGCUCCUCCCCAGAAGCUAUCCAAACCCUUGGGCACUUUCAAUACUCCUUUGCUUCCUCCCGCUUGCCCGCAAAUGUUCAUUUCCACAGGCUCGUCAAACAUCAUUAUCCAGCUUCUAGGGAGCUUCCUACAGUUUCCCUUCCUGCAGCCCAUCACCGGCCAGGAAGACUGUCUAAACAUUUCGGUUCAGCGGCCCAAGGGGACAAAGGCUGGCGACAAGCUGCCCGUUGCCUUUUGGAUCUACGGCGGAGGAUUCCAGCUUGGCGCUACCGUCACGUACGACGGUUCCAGCCUUCUCUCUUCUGCUGUUUCCCAAGGACAGCCCUUUAUCUACGUGGCUGUCAACUACCGCGUUGCUGGUUUCGGGUUCAUGCCCGGCGCCGAGAUUCUCAAGAAUGGCAGCGCCAACGUGGGACUCUUGGAUCAGCGUAUGGGUCUUCAGUGGGUGGCGGACAACAUUGCGGCCUUUGGCGGUGAUCCGGACAAGGUCACCAUCUGGGGAGAGUCUGCCGGCGCCAUGUCCGUCUUUGACCAGAUGCUGUUGUACGGAGGCAAUGCCACAUACAACAACAAGCCUCUGUUCCGCGGUGCCAUCAUGAACUCUGGCACCGCUGCGCCUGCUGAGCGCAUCGAUUCUCCCAAGGCUCAGGCAGUCUAUAACAACGUUGUCAGCAAGGCUGGCUGCAGCGGCUCGGCGGAUACUCUGGCGUGUCUUCGCAAACUCCCGUACAACACGUUCCUCAGCGCUGUCAACUCGGUCCCGAGCAUCUUCUCCUACAACUCUCUCGGGCUGUCUUACCUGCCCAGACCAGAUGGCGUGAUUCUCCAGGAUAGCCCUGACGCUUUGCUAGAACAGGGAAAAUACUAUCCGGUGCCCAUGAUUGUGGGUGACCAAGAAGACGAGGGCACCUUGUUUUCCGUCUUCCAGAACAACGUGACCAGCUCAUCAACUCUCGUCAACUGGCUGUCUCAGUACAUGUUUUCCAACGCCACAAAGAACCAGCUGACGGAGCUGGUCAACACGUACGACACGGCCAUCUCCAGCGGCAGCCCCUUCCGCACGAGCAUCUUCAACGAUCUCUACCCGGGCUUCAAGCGCACGGCAGCGCUGCUCGGCGACCUCGUCUUUACUCUCACCAGGCGAAUGGAGCUCACCGUGGCCUCCAAGCUCAACCCCAGCGUGCCCAUCUGGUCGUAUCUCUCCUCGUACGACUACGGCACCCCGUUCUUGGGAACGUUCCACGCCUCGGACAUUAUCCAAAUCUUCUACGGCAUAUUGCCUAACAAUGCGAUGAAGAGCACGCGGACAUACAUUUUCAACUUUUUGUAUAAUCUUGAUCCGAAUGUUGGUGUCAAGGGAUACGCCAAUUGGCCGAAGUGGACUGAUAACCAUCAGCUCAUGUGGUUUGAGACUGCGAAUUCGCAGAGUCUGUUGGCGGAUGAUUUUAGGGAUGAUAGUUAUCAGUGGAUCGUUAAGAAUAAGGACGCUUUGCGAGUGUAA